CACUCACUAUUAAUUUAUUUAUUACUCCCGUCAAAACCCAAAACCAAAGACCUUUCAAAAUUUUCUCCAGAUUGGAGCUCGCCGGAGCCCAAUUUUCCGUACUCGAGCUCUGAGCUCCUCCGACUUCUCGAGGUUCCCCUAAGAAUGGAUUACAGUUCAAAUGAGGACUCGGAUAUGAGUGAAUCUGAAAUGGAGGUGUAUGAAGCUAAAUCUUAUGAAAAGCUGAAGAAGGGAAGUCACCGGGUGAAAAUAUCUGAGCAAGCUUAUACUUGUCCUUAUUGCCCAAAGAAGAAGAAGCAAGAUUAUCAGUACAGGGAACUCCUCCAACAUGCUUCUGGUGUGGGGAAUAGCAAUUCAGAGAAAAGAAAUGCCAAAGAAAAAGCAAAUCACCUAGCUUUGAUGAAAUACUUGGAAAAAGAUAUAGUUGCUGCUAAUGGUUCAUCAAAACCUGUGGAUGAUGGCAAUCCUAUAAAUGGUUAUGGGCAUGAUGAGAAGUUUGUGUUUCCUUGGAUUGGAAUUGUGGUUAACAUCCCAACUAAAAAGUCAGAGGACGGGCGAACUGUUGGAGAAAGCGGAUCCAAGUUGAGGGAUGAGUAUAUAGCAAGGGGGUUCAACCCAAUAAGGGUUCGCCCACUUUGGAGUUACCGUGGUCAUUCAGGAACUGCUAUAGUUGAAUUCCACAAAGAUUGGCAGGGCCUCCACAAUGCCAGGUCAUUUGAGAAAGCUUAUGAGGCUGAUUGGCACGGGAAAAAGGACUGGAACAAGAAUGGUGAAGCAAAGAUCGGUCUUUAUGCUUGGGUAGCCCGAGCUGAUGACUACAAUUCAACUGGUAUUAUAGGGGAGCAACUCCGCAAGAUAGGAGACCCUAAAAGCAUUUCUGAGAUUAUGGAGGAAGAAGCUCGUAAGCAAGAGAAACUAGUAUCUAAUUUGACAAACAUCAUUGAGGUAAAAAAACAGCAUAUAAAAGAGAUGGAAGAAAGAUGCACCCAGACUUCAUCGACUCUUGAAAAUGUAAUGCAAGAGAAGGAAAAACUCAUUCAAGCUUAUAAUGAAGAGUUGAAAAAGAUACAAGUAAGUGCCAGAGACCACUUCCAGAAGAUUUUUAGUGACCAUGAAAAGCUUAAGUUUCAGCUAGAAUCUCAUCAAAGAGAGCUGGAGUUGCGUGGAGCUGAACUGGAAAAGCGUGAGGCAAAAAAUGAAAUCGACAGAAAACAAGCUACUGAAUUGUGCUCUUUAUGGGUUGAAUAUCUGAAAGAUCCAGAUUGGCAUCCUUUCAAAUGCAUUAAAGUUGAAGGAGAAGGAGAAGAACACCAGGAAGUGAUAGAUGAUGAAGAUGAAAAGCUGAAAGAUCUGAAGUAUGAAAUGGGUGAAGAGGUUUACCUGUCAGUCAUAGCAGCUCUAAAGGAGAUAAAUGAAUACAAUCCCAGUGGGAGGUAUAUAAUCUCAGAAUUAUGGAAUUAUGCAGAAGGAAAGAAGGCAACACUGAAAGAGGGGGUAGUAUAUCUACUUAAGCUGUGGGACACAAGUAAACGCAAAAAGGGAAUGCUUUGAAGGAUCUUGGCUCCUAGGAGAGACACCAUUAUCAAAAUGAACGGCAUCCAUAAUGUAGCAUUUGAGCUGGUGUACUAUUCAUAAAAAAUGAUAUUGUUGAUGUAGUCUUUUAGUUUUUAGGCACUGAAUUGUUAAUCAAUGCCUCUUCUUGUCAUUUCGGUUAUGUAGACCCAUUUAACUUGAACUUUCAAGGUCUGUAUUGCAGUAGGUCUAAGGUUGCGUUUACUUGUCUUGGAGGAGAGUGUGCUUCAUGUAGCCAUUAAUGCCUUGUAAUAAUGAACCCAAUCGCUGUGUGCAACUGUGGAUCCGUUCUCAUCUUAAUAAUAUAUUUACUUCUCUUUUUUUUUUAUUCUUCUACAUUAGAUUUGUAAUUUACCGAUCUACGGUGAGGAUGAAGCCAGGCAGACUUCUUCCAUUUUGGACGUCUUAGAGCCGGCAAGGCAAUGUGGGUGAUAGAGCCAUAGAGGAGGGGUGCUGGUAGAAGUUGCAGAGAAGAGCCUGGGCUCUCUCCGAUACAGAUGGCGGAGGACAGGAAGGGGCUAUUUUCACUGCGAUUCCGCCAUACAAGAAAGUCUAUCGUAUUAUGUAUUAAGGAUUGUUUGGUGUAAUUUUUUUUAAAAAUAAAGAUCAUAUUUGGAUUAGUUUGUAAGAAUUUUUAUUUUUAUUUUACUGUUUAUGAGUGAUAAAUUUAAAUUUUUAUU